CUGUCUUUAUAUAGAAGGCAGAGGGAUCCUUUGAUCCAUUGUCUGAAGUCCUAAAAAGAGAGCAACUUCCAAAUCUCCCAUUCCAUGGCCGGAAUCUCUCCAAUCUCCACCACCCAUUUCCUCUUUCUCUCUUUCCUCCUAUUCUCCGCCGUAGCUUUGGCUAUAGCCGAAGAUGAAAAUUCCUUUGCAAGAACAGUGAAGAGAAAACGGUUGGGUCUUAGAAAAGAGAAGCUCAGCCACUUCCGUCUCUACUGGCAUGACGUUCUAAGUGGAAAAGACCCAACUUCAAUCCAAAUCGUUCCCCCUGUUUCGAACACUUCAAUGACAAGAUUCGGUGCGGUCCAAAUGAUAGACAACCCAUUGACAGAAACUCCAGAUCCCAAGUCGAAACUAUGGGGAAGAGCAGAGGGAUUGUACGCAUCGGCUUCACAAGAGGGAUCAGGGUUGUUAAUGGCGAUGAACUUCGCGUUUGUGAGUGGGAAGUACAAUGGAAGCUCCAUCACAGUAUUUGGAAGAAACCCAUUUUUGGAGAAAGUGAGAGAGAUGCCUGUGAUCGGUGGAAGUGGGUUGUUCAGAUUUGCAAGAGGGUAUGCGAAAGCUUCAACCGUUAAUAUUGAUUUCACAACAGGGGAUGCUGUCAUUGAAUAUAACAUUUACGUACUUCAUUAUUGAAUUCUGCUUUUUCUUUAUUUCCUUUCUUCAGUUAUUCUAAAAACAAAUUAUUUCCAUUUUGGAGAAACAGAGAGAACGAGAGACAAGAGAAGAACGAACGAUGUUAUUUAGAAACAACGAAACCUCCCUACUACUGUUUCUUUUUGUUUUCAAUAUUGAGAUUAUCUUUCAUCGUAUUUGAGUUCAUCCAUAUGUAGUGAAAAGGAUUAGAUAAAUUAACAAUGUUGUUUACUA